GUAAUCCUAAAAGUAUAAUCCACUGCAAUAAAGUUGAACCAAAACAGAGGAGUGACCUUAGUCUUUGCACAAGUGUAAUCAGUUAUGGUACAUUACCAUUACUUCGUUCAUCGAUUUAUUAAUGUUAUUUUCAAAGCUUAUUUUUUAAAUAGGAGGUAAUUGAAAUUAAUUUGAAUAUGUAAAUUAACAAAAAAAUAUACAAAGAGUUAUAUGAAAAUUGUCUAUUUUUAUUUAUCUUGAAUAAAAACUAAUUAAUGUCGGCGAUUUGAUACAUGAUACGUUCAUGUUUUGAAGCAUACGGAGGGAAACCGAUUUUCAUGCUCAUCUAUGACUUGCUGGUUUAUCAUGGCUUAUCGUGUCAGGAUGUAUAUUUCGUUCCUCCUUGUCCUCUGCUUCAUAUGCCUAUGCAGUUCAUCAUUUUCUGGAAGUGUCACAAAAAGCAAAAAUGAUGUCCACCGCUGUUUUUGUGAGUUAAAUGGUGUUGUGGAUGACUGCACAUGUAAGGUGGAAUCUGUGAGUGAGUUCAACAAUAUACGCCUAUUCCCACCUCUCAAUAGCCUGCUAACCAAGAAUUACUUCAAGUUUUUCAAGGUAAACCUUCAUCGGCCAUGUCCGUUUUGGUCUGAUGAUAGCCGAUGUGCCAUGAAGGGAUGUCAUGUCUGCCCAUGCUCUCCGGAUGAUUUACCUUGUGGAUUGAAAGAAGAGUCAAAUGAAAACAAGUAUUCUGCUGACUCUAACAAGCCAUCAGAUGAAAUCAAUGAUGAAGAAGAGGAAGAAGAAGAAUGUGAUGAGGAGAAUAGGGAGGAGGAGGAGGUGGAUCCCUUAGGAGCACUGGAUACAACCAUUAGCAAGGAGAAUCUGUUAGCCUUUCAGCAGUGGAAAACUCAUGAUGAUGCUCAGCUCAACUUCUGUGAAAAAGAAGAUGAACACUCUGGUGACAUGGAAUAUGUAGAUUUAUUACGGAACCCUGAGAGAUACACUGGUUACAAAGGAUCUUCACCUCAUAGAAUAUGGGGUAGCAUCUACAACGAAAACUGCUUCAAGCCUGAUAAUCUUGAAUCUACUGCAACUACCUAUGAAAGUUUACUCAAUAAUAAAACAUUAAAAGAUAUGUGCCUAGAGAAGAGAGUUUUCUAUCGUCUGAUAUCUGGACUUCAUAGCAGUAUCAAUAUUCAUCUUUGUGCAAAGUAUUUGCUUUCUGAGGGCCUUUUUGAAAAGGAACAGUGGGGGCGAAACGUUGAGGAAUUCCAGCUUCGAUUUGAUCCAGAAACAACAGAAGGAGAAGGCCCGAUCAGACUUAAAAAUCUUUAUUUUACCUAUCUGGUAGUGCUUGGAGCCAUUGCAAAAGCUGCUCCAGUUUUAGAAAAAGAACUGUUUUAUACAGGAGAACCAGUCGAAGAUCAGGAGGUGCAGAGAGUCGUGAAAGAGAUUCUUAAAAUAGCCAAAUCAUUUCCUGAACAUUUUAAUGAGAGUGCAAUGUUUCAGGGAGACCACCAACAAGCUCUACAACUCAAGGAAGAAUUCCGCACCCAUUUCAGAAACAUCUCAAGGAUCAUGGACUGUGUUGGAUGUGACAAGUGUAAACUAUGGGGUAAACUACAGAUUAAAGGUUUAGGUACAGCAUUAAAGAUUCUAUUCACAGAGCAGGGUGCUACUGGAAAAUCGAAGCUCACACUCGACAGAGAAGAAAUUGUCGCUUUAUUCAAUGGAUUUGGAAAGUUAUCUGGCAGUAUAAUAGAAGUUGAAGAAUUUCAGAAGCUCCUCUCGCAAGACAAAGCCGAUUCACCAAACAGGAAACCUGGCUUUUUAUGACAUCUACAUAACUAAUUUUAUGUGAUGUAUAUUAUUCUAUUUGCCAAGACACUUAUUUUUCUUGCAUCUUGCGGUCCCAAGAUUAUCUGCAUUGUUUGGAAAGACCAGAAAGAUGAAUUUUCAAAAUGUGAAAUAAAUUGUGCCUUUCCUGCGCAAUUUAAAAAGUGCAAUGAAGGUCCACAUGCCAUUUCAAAUCUUCACCUAUCAAUAAAAAUGAAAAGUGAAUUGAAAAAAAUGAUCAGGUACCUCUAUUGGGGUAAAACAUUCAUUAAAUGUGGAAGUUGUGUACUUGGAAGCAUUCAAAUGGUCCUUUUGUAUCAAGCUUGUUUAUAUUGAAUGACACUAUUUAUUAAAGCUGCUGUUAAGUAUAUGUGCAGCUAGUAUUGAACAAAUGAUGUUAUACUUUCUUGCUCUGAGAAAUAAAAAAGUAUUAUGUGACAACAGGGGAGUGUUUCAUCAAGAUUUUCAUCCGACAAGUUGUCAGAUCUGACAUCUUUCUCUUAUGUUGAUUGGCUGAGAGGUACUGUUACUAUGGUAACUGUCGGAUAAAAUGGGACUUGUCAGAUAAAACGUCCGACAAGUCCUUUCAUGAAAUGCUCCGAUGUUCAUAUUUAUGCCCAAUCGGUCAGAAUUAUAGUACCAUAUGAUCGUUGUAUUGUUUUUUUAUAUAUAUAUAUUUGCCCUGCUUAACAAAACUUUUAUCUUGUUUUGUUAAUGUGAAGAAUAAUAUUUCUAAUGGUAGGAACUUUUUUUUACUAGUUAUUAUUUAAUUUGGCAAAGAAUCUCACACAAAGAAAUAAAAUAUAACAAAUAAUCAUAAAUAAUACAAUCAUGAUAAACCGUAGGACGACAAAAUUAAUAAGAAGAAUGACAUUAAAAAUGUGUGUCUUUAUCAUUAGAUGUACAUGUAUGUUCCUUAUAUUGACAUAACUCUAAAUAUACAUUGGAUAAAUUUUUAAGUAUUUAUAAUAAUAGUAAUAGUAGCCAAAGCAUUUUGUGAAAUUUCAUCCAUAAUAUCUAGGCUCCUAAUAUCUGAAUACAGUUACAUAUUAAAUAUGUUUAUUCACAUUAAACGCUUAUAGGCUGUCAAGAAGACCUACCAAUCGCCAUUGUUGGUCUGUGAGUUCUAGUGUCCGUGCAUCUGUCUGGCUUGUGUAACGUCUGUUAUUUCAAACUCGGCAAACGGCCCACCUCUGCUAUUCUAGCUGAAUCAACAUGUCGUUUGUUGAAUUCCAACAUGUUUUGAUUGCUUGUAUCAGCUUGUGCUCUGCGAUUCCAAGCUGUUUCUGUUCAGUUGCAAAGGCAUUGAUCGCUACCACAGAAUGCUUGAAAUGCCCAACAAGCCUAGUUGCUGUAGCACAGAUGUUCCUAAUGCUAGGAACAGAGUACAUGACCAAGUUCACACAUAUUCGUAGCUUAUAGGUUGCUCAGCCUAGGUCAUCAGCAUUAAUCCCUUCGCCAACUCGUCGCACAUUAGCUGCGUUGUCGUGGACAGUGCCAGCAGUUUUUUUCCAUUAAGCCCCACUCUUCAGUCACAUUCCUCAGUUGGUUUUGCAGGGCCUCAGUUGUGUGGCGAUGGGGCUCAUCAUCAUCUUCAAUGCUCCUCACAGGUCCCGUCUCAAGGAUGAAGUUUUGUCUCUCCCACCUGUCGCCAAUUUUGUGCGACGUUACUGUCAUGUAAUCGUUUGUCCCAACACUUAUCCAACAUUCUGUAGUUAAUGCGACCGAGGUAACCUCUCCCAGGAAAUCGCAGACACUCCUCCUUUUCAUGUCAUACAGCGCUUUUUAUAGUCUGUUUGUGAUUGUACACCUGGUUGGCAUGGUAUAGCCCGGUUCUAGGAUUUGAAUGAGCCCUCUCCCUCGACACAACUUAUAGUCUUUGGCAACCAACGAGACGAUACCUUUCAUAAUUUCCUCCUCAGUGUGGGCAUUUUCCUAAAGAAGGUUAUUGGCCCAUGGCGUUGGUCAGGGGCGUUUACAAUGUUUGGAUGCUUCUUCAGAAGAUGACCAUUCAUUGUAGUUGUAGAUCCUCCGUUGUACUUGUAAACAACAUUGCAGAGUUUACAUUUCACACUUGACUGAAGUCUUGGUGAAAUAUUCCCACACCUUACUCGCUUUCCCCAUUCUGGAGAUUCCCCAAUCAAUACACCAAUAAAUUAAGUACUUCCCAAUCUCUGCACAACUAUCAAAACGAAUUGACAACAGAUUACAGAUGUAUGAACGUUUGAGAUACAGCUAAUCUUUUGAAAAGCUGUUAAUGAAGUGAAGGUAUAUCCUUGUGAAUAGUGUUUGCACAGCAUUUUGUACCAAGUGUGGAUGUCUUUGACGUCAACCCCCAGCUGGUCUUACAGCCUUCUCCAGGCCUCGUCUUUCUUGUCAAGUUCGGCCCACAUGGCAUCCGCUUGUUGUGGAGGCCCGGGCACCCCAGCAAGUACUCUUUAGCCUCAUCUUCCUGAGUGUCAUUGAGUUCACGGUCCUCUGCCUCGCUCCAGAACCGCCCCUGUUCCUCUUUUUCCUGUUUGUGGGUUCUUCUUCAUUUUCCUCAUGAGAGAAAGGUCCUGCUAUUCAUUGACAACAAACACCCAUAUUUUAAAUAAAUAUACAUCUUAUGGUACGAAAUAAGUAAUAAAAUAUUACCAAUUCCACUCUAAAUGGUACUUUUUAUCAAUAAACCCCUCAACCAAGGUGCACUUAUCAAAAAGAGACCAUUUAUGCUCCCACUAAGUUCUUUGACAUACAUGUAACAAAUGCCAACAGAGUAUAGUGCUAAUACAAUACAAUUAGUCUACAGCCCAUGAAAGUCCAUAAUAGUCUAACCAGGCUCCUCUUCCCGCCGACGGUCUCAGCGCUGAGGUGGGGUUCUCUUUUCAGAUAUGGCCUGCAGCAAAAUAAUUUUAUCCUUAAACAAAAUAGACUAUUCAGACACGUGAUCAGAGGAAACGUGUGAGGUAGAAUGGGUGGGAUAAUUUUCCUGAAACGCAGCAAAUAUGCAUUUUAGGACUCACCGAUGGUACUCCUUUGUUGAGUGGGAUGUGAGCAACAACAUGCAGACGGGAAGUCCUAACAGGGUACUAUACUAUAUGAUGCAAUAAAAUCAAAAUAUGUGACUGUACGCAGUAGUCUAAGUGUCAACAAAAUUAUCUUCGUACCGGUGCCGAAUGGCUUGCUUAAGGGAAGCAUUUGUUAAUCCUUUCCAGAAAACAACGCGAAGGGUCUCAUCCUUUGCGAAGGAUGAGAUACCCUUCCUUUGCUCUGCCUUAUCGGUUGCUAAUUGUAAGCAAGCGCUGUAGGCGGUCACCGAUUCAUCUGGUCCCUGCUUGGGUGAGUAAAAUUGUUGUAGAAGUACGACUUUUGAUUCUACUGUGCCAUAGGAGCCUUCUAGCUUUUCAACAAUCUCCUCAACCGUUGCCUCUACAUUCAUGUUUAAAACAAGCUGACCUGCCUCUCCCCGUAACGAAGGUCUCGCAAGCCUAGCCAGCUCACCCGGGCUGCAAUCAUUGUCUAUUUGAAGACAUUUUAUUUUGUAUUUCCACACCUCACAGGGGACCUUACCCCUUUUGUGUUGUGGCACACUCAAAAAAAUUAAUAAUUUAAGGGAAUUUUGAAUAAUAGUUUGUGAUUUAACCACAGGUUGUGCUUCAUUACUCGACUCUGACUUUACAUCAAGUACGAGGUUUGACUAGGAGGCUUCCGCUAUUUCAAUGGCUUCCCCAUCCAAAACCUUUUUGUUAAGCUUAAACAAAAUAGACUAUUCGGGCAUGUGAUCGGAGGAAACGUGUGAGAUAGGAUGGAUGGGAUAAUUUUCCUGAAACUCAGCAAAUAUGCAUUUUAGGACGCACCGAUGGUACUCCUUUGUUGAGUGGGAUGUGAGCAACAAUAUGCAGACAGGAAGUCCUAACAGGGUACUAUAUGAUGCAAUAAAAUAUAUGUGACUGUAUGCAGUAGUCUAAACUGUAUGCAGUAGUCUAAACUGUAAAAAAUUGUCAAUAGCUUCGUACCGGUGCAGAAUGCCUUGCUUAAGGGAAGCAUCUGUUAACCCCUUCCAGAAAACAACGCGAAGGGUCUUGGCCUUUGCGGAGGAUGAGAUACCCUUCCUUUGCUCUGCCUUAUCGAUUGCCGAUUUUAAGUGAGUGCUGUAGGCGGUCACCGAUUCUUCUGGUCCCUGUUUGGUUGAGUAUAAUUGUUGUAGAAGUGCGGCCCCCAAUUCUACUGUGCCAUAGAAGCCGCCUAGCUUUUCAACAAUCUCCUCAACCGUUGCCUCUACAUUCAUGUUUAAAACAAGCUGACCUGCCUCUCCCCGUAACGAACGUCUCGCAAGCCUAGCCAGCUCACCCGGGCUGCAAUCAUUGUCUAUUUGAAGACAUUUUAUUUCGUAUAUCCACACCUCAAAGGGACCUUACCCCUUUUGUGUUGUGGCACACCCAAAAAAAUUGAUAAUUUAAGGGAAUUUUGAAUAAUAGUUUGUGAUUUAACCUUGGGUGUUGCUACAUUACUCGACUCUUGACUUUACAUCUAGUACGAGGUUUGACUUAGAGGCUUCCGUUAUUUUAAUAGCUUCCCCAUCCAAAACCUGUAAAAUGGCUUCGGACGCUACGUGGCUAUUCACAAAGAUGCAGUGGGCAUUGCCAGUGCUCUCACCAGUUAUUGAAUCUUUACCAAAUUUAAUGUGGGUUAUCUCACCCACAGUUUCCAGGAAGUGUCUCAAACUAGCCUCUGUAGUUUGGGGUUUAAUCGCUUGACUAGUAGUAUGUAAUCGCCUGCAGUUGAAGUCAUGGUGAAAGCGAUAUAAAACGAUCUUAAAAAGUAAUGGGAAAUAACUAACCAGAAAACCAAUAUGGAAAUAUUAGCCAUAAAUAUUAGUUACACAAUUACAAAUUCUCAGACUGUUCUAAUUCGUAUUGUUUAAAGAGAGAGAGAG